GGGGAGGGUCGCGCGCGCGGGCCCGAGCCCCCCGCCCCCCGCGGGCCUCGGUUCUAACGAGCCGGCUGGGUCGAGAGUCCCAGGGAGGAGAGAGCGGCCUCGGUCUGCGAGCCCACGCCGCCCAGUCCCAUGGUCCCCGCCGCCUGCGCGCUGCUCUGGGCCCUGCUGCUGAGUGAGGGGCCCCGGGCGGCGGGGGCCCACGACCAGACCCCCGGCGCGGUGCAGCCGGCCAGCGUCAGCUUCGAGGCCCCCUCCCGCAGCCGCUUGCCCCUGAGCCAGACCGCCUUCUCCCCCAAGUCCCGGGUGUCCCAGAGGUUCAAGGUGACUGCGGAGGAUGAGGACGACCUGGCGGCCGAGGCGGACAGGCUGGCCAGCCCGGCCACCGCCGACCUGCUGGCCUCCACGGUGACCGGCAUGAGCCGCUCACGGGGGCCAGACGAGGAGGACGAGACUCUGGAGGAGGGGGUGGUGAUCGACGCCAGCAAGCCCAGAAACAAGUCCGAAGGGGCCAAAUCCACCUCGGCGGACCGGACCAAGUCCACCUCGGCGGUGCCCGGCAGCAGCCCCCAGUCCAGGUUCCCGGCCAAUGUCCAGGAGCCCGAGAUCCGGGUGACCUCGAACCUGCAGCCGGCCAGCACCACCAGGUCCAAGGGCGGCGAGCAGGACUCGGAGGCCACCACCAUCGAGACCACCCUGAGCCAGUGGACCACAGCCGGCUCCACACCAUCGGGCUGGCCCUCCCUCUCGUCCGCCUCCCUGACCUCCACCGAGGACCUGCAGCUGCAGCUGCUUCCCUGGGGGCCGUGGCACUGUCACUGCAAGUCGGGCACCAUGAGCCGUUCCCGCGCGGGGAAGCUGCAUGGCCUCUCCGGGCGCCUGCGGGUGGGGGCUCUGAGCCAGCUGCGCACAGAGCAUCGGCCCUGCACCUACGACCAGUGUUCCUGCAACCGGCAGCGCGAGGAGUGUCCCCUGGACACCAGCACUUGCUCCGGUCCCAGCUGCACCACUCAGACCACCACCCUCAGAAUCAAAACCACCACCACUUCCACUACCUUCCCCUCCCUCAGUAGCAGACUCAGACCCGCACCGGCCCCCCCCAUCCGCAACUCAGCCUUGGAGUUUUGGAAACGGGUCAGGAUUGGGCUGGAGGACAUUUGGAACAGCCUCUCUUCAGUGUUCACAGAGAUGCAACCAAUAGACAAAAACCAGAGGUAAUGGCCACUCCAUCUGCAAGAAGAGCAGGUGUCAACUCCUCAACCUCUUCUCUCAAUUCCUGCACCCACUGGAUAUUUUUAGUACAGACAAACAAAACUAGCAAACACAA